AUGACCCAAUUCCAAGCUUUCGAUUAUGGUUCAGUGGAACUGCGGACGGCAUCAACCGAGAUCAGGCUCCUAGAUCUCUGCCCCUCUCAGGGUUGGGUUGAUAGCCGUCUGAUCGGCUGUCUAUACACAACCUCCAUUGAGAGCCCGUCACCCUACAUAGCUCUCUCGUAUGUUUGGGGCUUAGGUGAUAAAACUCAGUCGAUUCACAUAGCGAACUUGAAUGAUGAUGAAGAGCAUUCCAUACCCAUCACGGAGUCGCUGGAGACGGCACUACGACAUUUCCGCAAGCCAGACGAGGUGAUAACGCUAUGGAUCGAUCAGAUCUGUAUCAACCAGGCAGAUAAUAAAGAAAAAGGCCAGCAGGUCGCGAUGAUGGGCAGGGUCUACUCAUCUGCAGCACAAGUGCUAGUAUGGCUUGGUCCAGCUCAAGAUGGCUCAGACGAGCUUAUGGAAGCAUGGCAACACAUUGGGCAAAGGGCUCGGGAGUUUGGACUGGAGAACUACAUGAACCCGCAGAGCUAUUACCUCAUAUCAGCAUUGGGAAGAAACAAGGACCCUUCUGAUGAGACUGCUAUGAGCUUCCAAAGCUUGUUAGCCAGUACUGUAGAGGCAUUUGCUCCUUUGUUAAAGCAAAUGACGUUGAAGAGAUGGUUUGAGCGACCUUACUUUUCACGAGUCUGGAUUAUCCAGGAGUUUUGUUUAUGUCCUGAUACCAUCUUCGUAUGCGGAUCCAGGACUAUACCCGUGGACUUUGUCAAAUUUGCGGUCCUGCUGCUUCAAACCGCGAUAGGUAACAUGCCGCAGGGCGACUAUGAGCAUCUUCAACCGCCAGAGAUGCCUUUGGAGCGACUGUCCGAGGUAUCUUCUGAACCAACAGCACGGCUGUUUGGGUGUCGUUCACGCCAUCAGAAGCAUAAAGACGACGAGCUGUACAUGUUGCUGCGGAGACUGUUCGUUGAGCUUCAGACGAAUGCGACUGUACAUUGUGACCGCAUCUUUGCCCUGCUUGGCCUCGCUGCCGACGCUGAGAAACUUGGAAUCCAGCCAAACUAUGAGGAAAGCACUGAACGCAUCUUGACGCAGACGGCGCGCACGUUGAUCGAAAAGAGUGGUCGUGUAGAUCUUCUGUGCUACUCUCAGUUUCCGAAACUUGAUGAGCUUCACUUACCGUCGUGGGUUCCCGACUGGCGAUCCAACCUAAGCCGCUCGUUCUAUACCAUCAACGAGCGUAUGGACAAACAUCUUUUUGCUGCGUCCGGUCACGAUACUGUUGUUGAGGUUGUCCAAGACCCCAAUGACAACUCGGAUAUUCUGGGACUUCAAGGUUUUACUGUUGAUGUCGUUGAGGAAGUUGCAGAAGGUGAUGGCUGGACGGAUAUGAGCUGGGAUUACGAGAAAUAUCUUGGCUAUAUGGCCCAGGUAGACGAUUUAUGGCAGAGUUCCAUGUAUAAAUCUGACAGCGAAGUUUCCCAACUUCGAAAGGAAGAGGCGCGAUGGCGUGUGCCUAUCGGAGACAUCUACUGGACAUGGGAAGGGGAUCAGCAAAGAGCGAAAACAGAUGUAGCUAGGUUCCACGAGCAGUUUCUGCAGGAACUCCAGCUUUUCGACGAAAUGACCAGACUCGCAGCUACAGGAGAAGACGUUUCAGAGAAACUCGUGCAGUGGGAGGAGGAACAUCGUGGCGCAGAUACCAAGCAUAACUAUCGUGAGAGUAUGAGGAAGAUGCAGGGCAAGCGGCCAUUUCUCACAAAAGUGGGAUAUUUGGGUAUGGGACCAAUGGAGAGCAGGUCUGGUGAUGUCGUUGUUGUCUUUUGCGGAGGGCGAAUUCCUUUUGUACUGCGGCCUUUGGAAGGGUCGAGCGGGCGUGAUGAGUUCCUGUAUGUCGGCGAGGCAUACUGCGAUGGUAUAAUGGACGGUGAAGUGACGGGAAAGAAACAGACUUUCUGGCUCAAUUGA